AUGUUUGAUUCGUACAGAGACAACGUUGCUGGCAAAUCAUUUCAGAAUCGGCUUUGUUUACCCAUGCCGAUUGAUGUGGUAUACACCUGGGUGAAUGGCACAGAUGUUGAACUGAUCAAAGAAUUGCAACAGGUCAGAGAACAGAUGGAGGAAGAACAGAAAAUAAUGAGGGAAAUCCUUGGAAAGAAUGCAACAGAACCAACAAAGAAGAGUGAGAAGCAACUGGAGUGUUUGUUGACACACUGCAUCAAAGUGCCAAUGCUUGUCUUGGAUCCUGCACUGCCUACCAACGUGACACUGAAAGACCUGCUGUCCAUUCAUCCUGCUUUACAAGCUGCUAACAACAUGUUCUUUGUAGCAAAACCAAAAAAUCCUUCUACCAAUGUGACAGUAAUUGUUUUUGAUAGCCCUAAGGAUGUUGAAGCUGCCCAUUCUGGAAUGUUAAAAGACAACAGCAAACAGAUAGUAUGGAGGGGUUACUUGACUACAGACAAAGAAGUUCCAGGUCUAGUAUUAAUGCAAGACUUGGCCUUUCUUAGUGGAUUUCCAGCUACAUUCAAAGAAACAAAUCAGCUACGAACAAAACUACCGGAGAGCCUGUCUUCUAAAGUAAAACUGUUGCAGCUCUAUUCAGAAGCGAGCGUGGCUCUCUUGCAACUGAAUAACCCCAAGGGCUUCCAAGAACUAAGUAAGCAAACAAAGAAGAACAUGACUAUAGAUGGAAAAGAACUGACGCUUAGUCCUGCUUAUUUACUGUGGGACCUCAGCUCUGUCAGUCAGUCCAAACAGGAUGAAGAUAUAUCUGCCAGCCGUUUUGAAGAUAAUGAAGAGCUGAGAUACUCAUUACGGUCAAUAGAGAGACAUGCCCCUUGGGUACGGCACAUUUUCAUCGUCACUAAUGGACAGAUUCCUUCCUGGCUUAACCUGGAUAAUCCUCGGAUAACUAUAGUAACACAUCAGGAAAUAUUUCAGAACCUGAGUCACUUGCCUACCUUCAGUUCACCAGCUAUUGAAAGUCAUAUUCAUCGUAUCAGUGGCCUCUCUCAGAAGUUUAUCUAUCUCAAUGAUGAUGUUAUGUUUGGGAAGGAUGUUUGGCCUGAUGAUUUUUACAGUCACUCUAAAGGUCAAAAGGUUUACUUGACCUGGCCUGUGCCAAACUGUGCUGAGGGAUGUCCUGGCUCAUGGAUUAAAGAUGGUUACUGUGAUAAAGCCUGUAAUAACUCAGCAUGUGAUUGGGAUGGAGGUGAUUGCAUUGGUAACAGUGGGGGUAGUCGCUAUGUUGCUGGUGGAGGUGCAGUUGGAGGUAUCGGGAAUGGACCACCAUGGCAAUUUGGUGCAGGAAUAAGUGGUGUUUCAUACUGUAACCAAGGCUGUGCUAAUUCCUGGCUAGCAGACAAAUUCUGUGAUCAGGCCUGCAAUGUCCUUUCCUGUGGAUUUGAUGCUGGUGACUGUGGCCAGGAUCACUUUGAAGAGAUGUACAAAGUGACGCUUCAGCUUAAUCAGACCUACUAUGUUAUUCCCAAAGGUGAAUAUCUGCCCUACUUCAGCUUCAGUGAAAUAGCCAAGAAAGGAAUGGAGGGUUCAUACAGUGAUAAUCCAAUUAUCCGGCAUGCUUCUAUUGCUAACAAAUGGAAGACUAUCCACCUCAUAAUGCAUAGUGGCAUGAAUGCAACUGUAAUCUAUUUUAACCUUACAUUUCUAAAUAAAAAUGAUGAAGAGUUUAAAAUGCAGGUAGCUGUUGAAGUUGAUACUAGAGAGGAACCAAAGCUGAACACAAGUUCCAUGCAAAAAUCUAACUCUGAUUUUAAAGCUGUAACUUCAGUACCAGAAGCUGAAAUGAUAUUUGAGGAUAUUCCUGAAGAAAAACGCUUUCCAAGAGUCAGGAAGCAUCAAAAUGGCACAAAAGAGAGUCUACAUGAAGAGGUGAUAAUACCAUCAGUAAAUGUGUCUCUCCUUCCUAAAGAUGUUCAGUUAGCACUGCAGAACCUGGACUUAAAACUACUAAAUGGUGAUAUCACUCAGAAAGGAUUUAACCUAUCCAAGGCUGCUCUCCUGAGACCUUUCCAGUUCUUAACUACUGUAAAGAGUGUUACAGGCCAGGAAAAGAGCGGUGUGCAUAAUCAUUCAGAAGAUCAGAAGAACCAUACCAGCUUGCAGAAGCCUUAUAAAGAUGUAAAUGACAGCAAAAUAAAAAGAGCAAAUGAAGAAGUUCCCUCAAGGCUCACAGGAACAAAGGGGACUGUUGUGACAAUGCACCCAAAUAAAGCUAUUUAUAAACUAAAGCCUAGGUCCACAUUUCCCUCUCUGAGCAUGGGAAAUAAAAAUGGAAGUAGAGAAAAAGUAUUGAAUGCACUUUUAUUAAGAGAAACGCAGAAAUCAAAACAUACUGGGAAUUCAGAUACUGGAGAAGAUGCACAGGAAGUGGAAGGAGGGAAAGAUGGUGUGCAGGUGGAUACAAAUGUAAGGGCAGGACUAGUGGGAAGAAAAUUACAGUCUUAUGCUGGAAGUUACCAAGGCUUUUUGCCGUGGGAGAAAAAGAAGUAUUUCCAGGACCUUCUUGAUGAAGAAGAAUCAUUACUCAAACAAAUGUCAUACUUUACUGAUGGUAAACAUUUUGGAAGGCAGCUGAAAGAUACUUUUGCUGAUUCCCUUCGAUACGUAAAUAAGCUUUUAAACAGCAAAUUUGGAUUUACGUCUCGGAAAGUCCCUGCUCAUAUGCCUCAUAUGAUUGACCGCACUGUUAUGCAAGAGCUGCAGGACAUGUUUCCUGAGGAGUUUGACAAGACAUCAUUUCACAAGGUGCGGCACUCAGAAGAUAUGCAAUUUGCUUUUUCAUAUUUCUACUAUCUUAUGAGUGCAGUCCAGCCACUGAACAUUUCUCAGAUCUUUGAUGAGGUUGAUACGGACCAGUCAGGCAUUUUGUCUGACCGAGAGAUUCGCACAUUGGCCACAAGAAUCCAUGAGCUACCGUUAAGUUUGCAGGAUUUGACGGGUCUAGAACAAAUGCUAAUAAAUUGCUCUAAAUCUCUUCCUGCCAACGUCACUCAGAUCCAUGGUAUCCCACCAACUCAGGAAGCAUAUUAUGAUCCUAAUCUGCCUCCAGUAACAAAAAACCUAGUGACAAAUUGCAAACCUGUGACUGACAGAAUUCGAAAGGCAUACAAGGACAAAAACAAAUACAGGUUUGAAAUCAUGGGAGAAGAGGAAAUUGCCUUCAAAAUGAUUCGCACAAAUGUUUCUCAUGUAGUUGGUCAGCUGGAUGACAUACGAAAAAACCCCAGAAAAUUUGUUUGCCUAAAUGACAAUAUUGAUCACAAUCAUAAGGAUGCUCAAACAGUGAAAGCGGUGCUUAGGGACUUUUAUGAAUCAAUGUUUCCCAUACCUUCCCAGUUUGAACUGCCAAGAGAAUAUCGGAAUCGUUUCCUUCACAUGCAUGAACUCCAAGAAUGGAGGGCAUAUAGAGACAAGCUCAAAUUCUGGACCUAUUGUGUUCUAGUAACACUUAUUGUAUUUACAGUCAUCUCAUUUUUUGCUGAACAGGUUGGGGCCUUAAGUAACACUUUCCGUGGUCUGAUGAAGAGGGUGUAA